GAUUUCGGAAGGAUUGCCCAGUGCGCAAGCUUCCAGAGCUUCCCAGCAUGAUGUUGUCUGGCCUGGAGCCGUGCCACGUGACCGCUGAGGCGGGCUUCCAGUGGGUCGGCCAGCGAUGCAACUUGAUGGGCUCAGCCAAAUUGAAGAAGCUGGUGGAUGCCUACAAGUGGGAUGAGGCGGACAUUCUCGAUUUCAACUUCGACUCGGACCUCUCCGACGGGCAAUCGGCCAUGAGCAUGUUCAUGAGGCUUUGCGUCACACAGCCGUGGCCAAGUCGGCGAGGCAGCCGUGGGGCCGUGGUCAUCAUGGCCUUCGGUGAGCAGGGUCAGCCGGCCAGCUUCGAGGACCAGCUUAUCUGCCAGCGCAGCUACAAGUGCCUGCACGAGAACAUUGACUUCCCGCCAGAGGACACUAUCUUCGAUUGCAACGUGCUGACAAUCGCCACUGGCCUGCCGGAGCACAACUCCCGUAGCACCGACUUCAUCCAU